CAUUACGUGUACAUCCUCUACCCGGCUCAGAUGUGAGAAAGCGUAGAUAUAUUAGCCGGUUCAGCGUACAGAACAUCUAUCCUGACUUUCCCAUCAGUCAACGUCGUCGCCUUAUCGUCGAUUCCCUUCAGAAACUGUGCUAUUCACAUAACAAGCCAUGAUUAUCGAGUCGUUGUCGCCGAGCAUGCGGCGACGCUGCAGCUUCCUGCUUCUGUUGAUCCCUGUGCUUGGAAUCAUUGUGAUAGUGUUCGAAUCGUCUCGGGUUGACCACAGCUCUCAUCCGUCGAACGUAUUGUCAUCAGUCAGUGCAAGUACAGUAAGUGAGACGCAUGAUAUUAUUGCGGAUACGCACAAUGAAACGCUGGGGUUUGGUGCUGUUCUUCUACUUUCGUUGCCAUCUCGCACGGAUCGGCAUGAUGCGAUCUCACUGAUCGCCGCGCACACGGGUAUCAAGAUUACGAAGACUAUCUAUGGAGUUGUGUCCGACGAUGUCGACAAGAAAGCUUAUCCUUAUGGAGAUGCCCGGAAAAAGUUUGAGAGUGACAGAUUCUAUCCCUAUCUUGGCAGCUGGAGAAGUCAUAUGGAUAUCUUUCGGUAUAUAGUCGACAACCGAAUCCAGACUGCACUGAUCCUGGAAGAUGACUUAGAUUGGGACAUGAAUGUCAAGGAUCAGUUUGAGGCGUUAGCUCGUGGCCUCCGGAACUCCACUAUUCGACGACCGUUUUCGGAAGAGGAGCUUGAGACCGCGCCGUAUGGUUUGGACUGGGAUAUAUUACAUAUCGGCUGCUCGCAGGUUAGAAUUGCAGGAGCUCCUCGUGAUCAAGCGUUUACAGUGUAUACCGAUGAAUAUCGGGCGCCGAAUCAUAUCACCAAAAAUCCAUGCAACCCAUUUGGAUAUUUUUGCUGGGAGGGGCUCAUGAAACAUGCAAAGUUGAAGGAGAACCAGCGAGCUAUCUAUCCUACUCAUGAGUCUGUCGGGUUAUCUGCCUUUGCUGUGACGUAUACGGGUGCGCAGCGAUUGCUUUACCAGUUGAGCUACAAGGAGUUGACGGACACGCUCGAUCGGUCGAUCUCUAAGCUGACGAUGCAAGGAGCUGUGCGUGGAUGGACUGUGAUUCCGCCGAUGAUGGGUGAAUUCAAGGUCGAUAGCGGCAAAGACACGAAUCUUAAUGUCAAGGCCGACAUGUUCUCGAAGGAUGUGUCCAACCUCAAGGGACAUGGACCGGGGCUACUGCGCAGUGCUCGACAGAGCCUGACGGAAACCUGGGAAGGUGACAGUGCUAAUUACUGGGUCAGUGAGAAGGCGUACUGGGGGAAGCAGGAGGAGAAGGCGGAUAAAGUGGGGCGUUAGCUGGUUAAGUCUGGAGGGUUGCAGGCGUAGGGGUCUUGAGCGUUAGCAGGUUGUUCUCGUUGCAUAUAUGCGCUCUGAUUAUGGUUAUGGAAAUGGACGCCAAAAGGGAUGUGCUGCGCAUGGGUGUAUAUGUUUGAUCGCAAAGCUUGCUAAUUUGUCACUACAAUCUGUGUUGUAUUAUUCGUCGCGUUUAUCUGUGUGCUUGCUUGCUGAUAUUGUUUUUUUUUUCGGAAGUUAUCUAUUGCCCUAGGUUAAUAUGAUACAUAAGUUGCAUCAAUUGGGUAGAGGGAUUUUGCGGUGGGUGGAAUAAUAGUGAGAGACGUAGUUAUAUUAGUAAGAAGAGACAUAAGAU